AGCCACAACUUUUUUUCCAACCCUCUCAAAAACACAUUAAAAGCCUUUCCUUUCCUCUCACCAUUCCCCCAAGAGACCUCCAAUGUUAAGCCAAUUCCCCCUUUCCCUUUCCCUUUGCAUUCCCUUCUUCAUUUUACUUUCCUUCUCAACUCUAACUCAUAGUGCUAAUUCCGCCACACAAGCCUCUAAGACUCUCCUCCACCGGUUUAAGGAAGCUCCUAAAUUCUACAAUUCCGCGAAUUGUCCCUCUACUACCCUGAUCACCAACCCGAAUGAGGACCACUACCGCGACCACGACCACCACCACUACCACGACGAGAGUGAAAAUAUUUGCUAUGACAACGCAGUCCAUGUAGCCAUGACUUUAGACGCCAUGUACAUUCGCGGAUCAAUGGCCGCGAUCCUGUCAGUCCUGCAACACUCCUCGUGCCCGCAAAACACAAUAUUCCAUUUCGUCGCUUCAAUUUCCGCUAACGCAUCACUCCUACGCGCAACCAUUGCGACAUCAUUCCCGUACCUUAAAUUCCGUGUCUACCAUUUCGAUGACACGGUCAUGGCCGGCCUAAUCUCGACCUCAAUCCGAUCCGCACUCGAUUGCCCUCUAAACUACGCCCGUAGCUACUUAUCCAACAUUUUACCUCUCUGCGUGCACAAAAUUGUGUACCUAGACUCCGAUUUAAUUCUCGUCGACGAUAUUUCAAAAUUAUCAGAAACACCAUUAGGCCCCGACUCGGUCCUAGCCGCACCCGAAUAUUGUAACGCCAACUUCACAUCAUAUUUCACUCCCACAUUCUGGUCCAAUCCAUCUCUAUCAUUAACAUUCGCUAACCGAAAAGCAUGUUACUUCAACACCGGAGUCAUGGUCAUAGAUCUUGAUCGUUGGAGACUCGGGGAUUACACAACAAAAAUCGAAGAAUGGAUGGAACUUCAAAAAAGAAUGCGAAUUUACGAGCUAGGCUCAUUGCCACCUUUUUUGCUAGUUUUCGCAGGAAACAUAGCUCCGGUUGAUCACAAAUGGAACCAACAUGGCCUCGGAGGAGAUAAUUUCCGAGGCCUUUGUCGAAAUCUUCAUCCGGGCCGUGUUAGCUUGUUGCAUUGGAGCGGCAAAGGCAAGCCUUGGGUGAGACUAGAUGCUAAUAGGCCAUGUCCACUUGAUGCUCUAUGGGCUCCUUAUGAUCUUUUGAAACCUCCAUUCUCUUUUGAUUCUUGAUCAAACAUCAAGAAAAUGAAGAAGAUGAUGGUGGUGGUUGGAGUUAAAGAUCUUAAUAAUAUCUGCGGAAAGUGUAUAAACACUGCAGAUGAUGAUCAAGACGGUGGUAAGGACUUAUCCUCUGUCGCAAAAGACUUAAAAGUUCCAUGUAAACAUACAAGUCCAUACAGUUUGUUCUGUAAAUUGUGUUUUAGAUUUAUUUGUUUGUGAAUUAUGUUGAUAUUUUUUUGUAAUAAUAAGGAUAGAAAUCCAAGACAAAUAUAUAUACACAUUAUAUUACUCUUUAAA